AUGAAAUAUGUCUUCAUAGUGAAUGUUCCUUACAUCGCCUCUGAUAGGCCUCCACAAGAAUUCAAGUUACGGUAUGGCAGGAGAAAGGAAACAAUUAGCCUAGGACACGGUAUGAGUUAUGAGAGAGGUAAUGUAUUGAUGGAUGAUAAGGCUGAGGGACCAAGAGGUAGAAACAAGCGAGAGGAGCCAAGCCUUGAGUUGAUUGGGCAGCCUUCCAGGUUACGAAUGCUAUUCGGAGACUACUUGGGAGAUGAUUGGAAGGGAAAGGAGAUGAGUGCUACAUACUACGAUUGCCUCGGGAUCUCUUUUUCAAGGAGCACUCUAAAAACGAUAGAGAACCACACACCAACUUCAAAAAUCAAUAACUCAACAACCAUGAUAGAUCUCAAGGAGAUAAUUAAUUCAAUCAAUUCAGCAGACUCAGGCGCAUCAAAGGAGGCCCUAUUUAAGCUGAAACCUCAUUCAGAUGGCUACAAAAAGCAACGUUUGCUCAAGGCGCAGGACACCAAGACUCUCAUAGAGCAUAUAAAUCGUCUAACGCUUCAAGGGCUACCACCUACUAAAGCCAUACGUACACGAGCUGAUAGCCCUGCAUGGAUAGCACCUUUCUACAACUAA